ACAAGUUGCAUGUUCGCGACUCGAUUUUCGGUUUCCUCAUUGUUUUUCCUGUUUUCUCUAAUUUGACUCUUUUUUUCUUUUUUUUUGUUCCCCCAAAUUUUUUUGGGCCGCUCGCGUGCGCUGUGCAUAUUUUAAAUCACUUCCUCAGCCAACCCCUUUUACCACCCACUUUCCUUUUACCGCCCACUUCCCUCACCCAAAGAAAGAAAACCAAACAAACAACCAGUGAAUACAAAUUAAGUGUGUUAAUGCGUUAAACGGUUUUUGCAAUUUGUUUUUUAAGCCAAAGACAAAAAAGCCUUUGUCGCUCGUCACUGUUUCGUUUUUUCGGUUUGAGUUUGAGUUUGAAUUUGGUUUGCUGCCUUUUGGUUUCCGCUAGCUGUUCGAGUGGAAAUUACAUUUAUAAUUACGCUUAAUCAGUCGAUUACUGUCAGCGCAAACACGGGAUAACCGAGGACCCACCGCAGCGUUCGAUGACCACACAAAUGAGUGCCAGAUCGAACUGAGGCCGAAUCGGGAUAAGACACGCUCCCCCAAUCACCUGUCACUGAACCACUUGGCCAGUCAGUCCAGCGAGCGUAGGAAAAUCCAAGCGAAGGAAGCGGGAAGGAGGAGCGAGCAUCGUCAUCAACAGGAGCCUUCGCCAUGGGCAAGAAGAACUCGAAAUUGAAGCAGGACACCAUCGAUCGGCUGACAACAGACACAUACUUCACCGAAAAGGAGAUUCGUCAAUGGCACAAGGGCUUUCUCAAAGACUGUCCGAAUGGCUUGCUGACCGAACAAGGCUUCAUCAAAAUCUAUAAGCAAUUCUUCCCCGACGGAGACCCCAGCAAAUUUGCCUCCCUGGUCUUUCGUGUCUUCGACGAGAAUAAUGACGGCGCCAUCGAGUUCGAGGAGUUCAUUCGGGCCCUGUCCAUCACAUCGAGGGGGAAUCUGGACGAGAAGCUGCACUGGGCCUUCCGUUUGUACGACGUGGACAACGAUGGCUACAUAACCCGCGAGGAGAUGUACAACAUAGUGGACGCCAUUUACCAGAUGGUAGGCCAGCAGCCGCAGACGGAGGACGAGAAUACGCCGCAGAAGCGGGUGGACAAGAUCUUCGACCAGAUGGACAAGAACCACGACGAUCGAUUGACACUCGAGGAGUUCCGCGAGGGCAGUAAAGCUGAUCCACGUAUAGUGCAGGCGUUAAGUUUAGGUGGUGAUUAACCGCGGGACCUGUAGUCAAGCGGCGGAGGGGCGGGGAGGGAGCGAUAGUGACGGUGAUAGGAGACAACGAAUCAGCGAUCAGCAGGGUCAAAGGUCGCUCCACAAGCACGCCCACAAACACAAACACUCGAACACACACACACACACACACAACCGUGUACCAUAUGUCAUUUGACCUUUUUGCGGGGGCAGUUUGUUAGCCCCCAAGACCUCCCCCUCCCCCCUUUACACACACACGCACAUUCACACACACACACACACAAUGUUUAGUCCCUUGAGAACUCGUCUUAAGUGAAAUUCCAACUAAUAGCAAAUUAUAUACGCAUAUAUACAUAAUAUUUCAAUUAACAACAGCCAAGCCGCAUAAAGCUAAACCAAAAUAGAAAAAAAAUAAGAAAUGAAACAAAAUUGUUAUAAAAAUUCACAAGCUAAUUGAAAACAAAAGAACACCAAUUUAAGUCAAAGAGGCGCUUUUCUAAAAAAAAAAAAUCAUAUUGAAUAUAUAUAUAUUUGUGUGUGCAGCAAGAAUCGAUAAACUAGGUAUUGAAUAAUAAAAAAACAUAAGUAAAUUAACUAUUAGACACUUGCUCCGUAAUGAUCUUAUGCAUUUUUAUUGAAAUGCUUGCCAAGCAAACGAUAAAUUCAAACCGAAAACUAUCGAUAAGUGCCGCCAGCCAAGCGAUAGCCGAUUAAUUAGGCCGAUAAAUAGUUGGAAUUUUUUUGCGAAAAUGCGAAAACAAAAAUCAGAAACAGAAUCAGAAUCAAGUGAAGCUAUAGCUACUCUACCUAAAUAUGGAUAUAUAUAGUGCCGCACAGGACUAAGCUGGCACUUAAAUACUUAAAAGUAUAUACCGAUACUUAAACUAAUUCGCUAUUGGCUUAAAAGCCCCUCGAUUGGUUAAUUUUUUUUUCUGUUUUUGCCAGUCCAGCUGCUCCAACUGUUGAUAAUCGAACGUGUUGAUAAUCGAAAUUGAAGCUAAAACUAAGCUAAAGCCCCACACAUACCUAUUUACUCCGUAGCUAAACCAGAUAACCGACUUUGUUAACUGAAAGUCCCCAAAAAAAAGGAUAAAAAAGUUGUGGACACACUUGCAUGUGGAUAAUAUAGCGAUAAUUAGCAUGCGGCUUAAGUACUCCUCUUGGAACCUCCGAUUCUUCAGUCUUCAUCCAGCCAUUCAUUCAUUAGUCUCCACUCAUUGAGCUUGACAAUCAACCUGAUUUUGCUGUGGACCAUCGAAUGGUUCCCCUCACAAAUACAUCUUGAGAUACGAUAUCAUGCGAUCACAUUCAUUGAGGACAAGAGGAGGCACUCCUAGAAGAAUCUUUGAUAAAACUUUAAUCCUUUUCUAUGUGUUUAUUGUGCAUGCCUUACCACAGCAAGGAUAAUAUCAAAUUGUGUGUUUCUACUCGUAUUUGUACUUGUUUUUACACCUCACCAGAGCUUGAAAUUAUAUCGUAUAGGGGGGCAAACCCCCUGCCUUAACAAAACAAAAAAAAAUAUUAUGAAAACAAACCGAAACUAUCGCCUUCCAUCAUCGACUCUCUCUCUCUCUAUCGCUCCAUCUCUCUCUGAUACACACACAUGACUUUCUUUUUUGUUAACUUUUUUUGUUUGAUGAGCUGCUUCCUCUUCUGUUUUUAAAGGAAGAGCCAUCUAAUCACCAUGCUAAAAUAAUUUCUAUAUUUUAUAUGUGGUUCAGCUUUAGGUCGUAAACAAAGCGUUAUUGUAAAGGAACUUUCUCCGUAGCCCGUUAACUGAACAUCUUUAUAAGAAUCCACAUCCUAUUAAUCCUAUCUAUCCUUUGCCCUCAUACAUUUUUACUCCUAUUUAUAAUGUUGCCUUGUAGAGAACUCCCUAAGUUUGGCUUAAAAUUCCGCUUUUCGCUUAGAAAUCCUAAAACCUUAUCGUAAUCGAUAUGCUAACCAAAGACUUUUGCUUUGCCGCUGAGGUUUCAGAUUGGAUCGGCCCUAGAUAAUGCUUGUUUCAUCCUCUCUGACACCGAUAUUCCGAUUCCGAUUCCAAAUCCGAUUCCGAGGUUUCCACCAUAUUUUUUUGAUUGCCCAGCACCCGAUUCAUAUUUCUAGUUGUACACUCGUAUUUAAAUAAACCUAGAUAAAGGCCAAAUAAAUUGAUAUACACACUUAUAUAUAUAUAUAGGGAGAGAAAUAUAUAUAUACAUAUAUAUAUACACACAGAUAUUGAUAAUUAUAUAUACAUCUAUUAUUAAAUAGAAGUCCCCAUUUGUAUUUUACUUGUGCAAUUUGCAAAUUGUUUUUGCAUAGAUUUAUUGUUGGAAACGAUUUGAAUUUAAGAAGACACACACACUUACACUGCACAAGUUUGCAUGCCUUCCUGUCCUCGAAAAAAUCCAAAAACAAAAAACUUAAGCAAAAACCAAACCGAAAACAAGAAAUAAAUCAAGCGAAGCUGAGAAGAUAUCGAUAUCUAUAUAUAUAUACGAAACUAUGAAUAUACCUAUACAUAUAUGCAACAGAUACAAAUCAACAGGUCGAUGGAAAACCAAAACUAAAACAAACUGCAGCAACAAUCAAUUUUCGCGCUUCUUACACUCAAACUUUGAAUUAUUGUGAACUACAUAUAUGUAUAUUGUACAUACAACGGCGGAAAGUUUGAGAACGUUAACGGAAAAUCCAAUCUAGGAUCUAAGAAAAUGCCAUACUCACGGCCACAAAAACACUUACACACACACACACAUACACACACGUAUUGCUAUAAAAGCCUAUAGGAAGCCUAAAGAUAAUCUCAAAAACACCUUUUGUCGACUACUCUAUUGAUAUGUAUUUUUUUGGGUAUCUAGUAAGCUACUACAUUGAUAACGUUAACGAUACUGAUAACAGAUGAAAACCUUACUUUGUGUGCAUUAUAUUCAACAUAAGCAAUACUUAAUUUAGCAUUCGAAUGCAUUAAGCAAUGUUUAUUAACAAUUAAAUCAAUUCGAAACGAAAACAAAACCAAAACAAAAACCAAAUCCCAAGUGGAAACUCUCAUUCAUACACAACACAUUCUACACACACUCACACACACACAACUAACAAGUUUUUGGAAUUAUCGCGAAAAGAAAAAGAAAAACUAAAAGCAAAAGAAAUCAAA